UAACUAGGUCGUUUUACGUCAUGUUGCGUGAGGACCGUUCCACGCUUCCUCUUCGCGGCAGUGUGACUUUAGCUUGUUUGUUGAGUUGAUUUGAGUGGAAUAGGGUGUGCAAAGUGACAAUAAUUGUUUUGCAAUGUUGAUUUUGUCCAACAGGAUAAGGUUUUGCUCUCUGGCGUUCACCGCCUCCCGCCUGUACAGCAGCGGCCCCGCUGCUGCUAAUAAAAACCCCAGGGUUUACUUUGACAUUGCUGCAGACAACGAGCUGCUGGGCAGAGUGACAUUUGAGCUCAACGCAGAUGUUGUGCCAAAAACUGCAGAAAACUUCAGAGCCCUGUGUACAGGAGAACAUGGCUUUGGUUACAAGGGCUCCACCUUCCACAGAGUGAUUCCUCAGUUUAUGUGCCAGGGUGGGGACUUCACAAACCACAAUGGAACAGGUGGGAAGUCCAUUUAUGGUUUGAGAUUUCCUGAUGAGAACUUCAAGCUGCAGCACACUGGACCCGGUAUCUUGUCUAUGGCCAAUGCUGGACCCAACUCCAAUGGAUCCCAGUUCUUCAUUUGCACCACAAAAACAGAGUGGCUCGAUGGCAAGCAUGUUGUUUUUGGCAGUGUGACGGAGGGGAUGGAUGUGAUCAAGAAAGUGGAGUCCUAUGGUUCCCGGUCUGGACACACCUCCAAGAAGAUCAAAAUCUCAGACUGCGGAGAGGUCGAGCCCAUGUGAACAACGGGUUCUCUCAGAGUUGCAUCUCCUCAGUCUCAACAGAAGAGUCCUUUUCUUCAUUGAUGGUGCAAACAGCGACCUCUCUUUGGUCGAAAUGGAUCACUGGAUCUCGCAUUUUAAUAUGGUGGCACUUGACUGCUGUUAGCUUUUACUCUGGUACCUGUGAUGCCCUCAAAAUGUGAACUUAUUGAGAGUUGUAAAUCAGAGGUUCUAUGCAUUUCUAAAAAAAAAAAAAGUUAUUAGAUUUUUUUAUUUUUUGUGAAAGUGGGAAUAUUUGUUGAAAUUUUUGUAGCAAUGCAUUAUUGGAUUCCUUCCAAAACAAUAAAGGCAAUUAAUUCAAA